AUGAGCUCAUCAUCCGAAAGCACACCUACUCAUAUGGCUUCUGGUCAAUCCCGCGCUUUAGCGCUCGACUUCAAAUGGGGCAAUUUCCAUACCCUCGUCACCGAGUUUGAUACAACGAACCCUGACCCACAACCACUCUACGACGUGUCCUGUGGGAUGUUAGCACCUCACCUGAAGGUCAAAUCCAUACAGAAAGAUCAACAAAUUGGAACUGGCACUGUUCAUGCAAUCAGCAUCAGUCCCGACUACUCGCUCCAUGGAUCUAAAGGUACCCUCCGCGCCAAGAGUCGAUUGCGGACAAUCUACACCCACAUGUCCCACACAUUUUCCGAUACAGAUAAGCCUGCGACGAUGACAUGGACAAGCAAAAGUGGCUUCACAACAUGGGACUUUAUCUGCUGCGACGAGAACCAGAUACCCGUGGCCAAGUUUACCGCCAAUGUGUGGGCGCUCAAGAAAGUCGCCAAGAUCGAGAUCAUGGGGCCAAAGGCCUAUGAUUCUGCGGCUCUUGACGAGAUAGUCACCGUUGGGAUGACGUUGUAUUACUGCAUGUAUCUUCGUAUCAACAAUCCUCUUAAUCUUGUUGGCUCUGCAUUUAUGCGGACGGGAAAGGAGGCGCAAAUUGAGGCACCGCGGCCGCAACCUGUUCAAUGA